AUGGCAUUGUCUCAAUAGUUGAAAAAUAAAAAUGCCAAAUAGUAGAUUAGACUUAACAGUGAGGAAACAAGAGGGAAUUCUCAAUUCGAAAAUCUGAAUUUGAUAGCCAAUCAAUAGCUGAUCAUGAGUAAUAACAAGACUACAAGUCACUAAAAUGAGUCAAUAUAACUUAAACUAAAAUAAAACUAAGUCACUUCAUAAAACCUCAAUCUUUAAAACAUCCUUAAUCUUAAAAGUUAGCAGAACAGUAAUUUGCUAUUCGCAACCUCAAAUUAAAAAAUUAAUAAAGAAGAUGACUAUAAAUCAUUCGUUGAAAAGAGGCAAAGCAGUGUUUCACAAAUGGAUUAGCAAACAUCAAAUCUUAUGCAAAUUUAGCAAAGACAGUAGUCUAUACUCUAUAACAGUGAAAUAAGAUAAAAAGCUGCUUAAACUUAAAGCUCGUCUGAAAGGCCAAACAAAAAGCAAUUAUUCUCAACGCAAAACAGAUAGUCUAGUGGCUUAAAUGCCUUCUCAUAAUAUGUAACAGAUCUAAAUGGAAAUGGAACUGGAAAAGAUGCUUAAAACUCAGGCUUUAAAACUUCUUUCGGAUCAUUUAAAAGUAUAUUCAAUCUCAAACAUCUAAAUAAUCUUGAAUCUGCAAUGUAUACAUCUUAUAAUACAAAUAACGAGAACUCGACUUAAUCAUUUAAGCAGUUUAGAGAAUCAUCAAAGUUAGUAAGUUCUCAGCAACCUAGGAUGAUAAAUUUAAGAGAUCACUUCUAGCUGUUGAGGAAAAGCCAUCUUGAUGGACAAAUAUACAUUUGGGGAAGCAAUCAAGACUCCUAACUUGGUAUUGAAUCUUAGAGUGAACAGCAAAGUAGGUUUAUUCUCGAUCCAUACAAUUUAUAGAUUGGAGGUAGUCUUAAAAUAGCAAAACUAGUUUGUGGAGCUGGUCAUACUUUGAUCUUAACUAUCAAUCAUUAGAUAUUUUCUUGGGGAUGUAAUCUUCUUGGCCAGCUCGGCCUUGGAGACACAUAACCAAGAAAUAGGCCUACUGAAAUCACUGCUCUAAAAAAUGACAGAGUAAUUGUUGAUAUAGCUUCAGGUGCAGGACAUUGCAUGAUCUUAGAUUCAUUUGGUGUUGUAUACAGUUGGGGAGCCAGUGCUGAUUUUUAGACAGGUCAUUAUGUUGAGCCAGCUUAAGAAGGAGAUACCAAAUAAUUCAUCAUCUCGCCCAAGAGACUGGAUAUUCUUUGUCAGAAAAGUAUCUAAGUUCUUAAGAUUAGUUGUGGAAUAAAGCACACUGCUCUAAUCAAUAGUAGAAGUGAGUUAAUAUGUUUUGGCAGUAAUGAAUUUGGAUAAUGUGGAGAUGGAAGAUAGCUUGAAAGUAUUGAAUGCGGAGGUGCUCAUACAUUAGUAAAGUCUAUGACCUAAGAGAUUUUUUCUUUUGGAUUAAAUGACAAGGGUUAACUAGGGUUAGGUAUUCCAAAUACUAUAGUGACUGUGCCAUAAAAAAUAAAAAACUUUACUAGUUUUAACAUUGUUAGGAUGUCUUGUGCAGAUGAAUCUACUUGUGCACUAACAAGCAAUGGUGACGUAUUUGUAUGGGGUAGAAAUAAAGAUAAUUUAUUUGCACUUGGAGAAAAGAGAUUAAACAUUAUAGAACCGACAAGAGUAAUUCUUAUUUUCUUAACUUUUUAGUUUCCAACUGAGUAAUUCAUCAAUUAGCAGAUUAAAAAUAUUUCAUUGGGUUCAAAGAACCUAUGCCUAUACACCUCUAAGAAUAAGUUGUAUGUCAAAGGCAAUACAUUCAGUAGUACUUAGCAAAGAGCCACAAAUUAGAGUAAAAGCUGUGCUGAUUUCAAGGAAAUUGAGCUAUUUGAUGAUACUUAUGACAUCCAAGACUUGAUUUGUGGAAGGUCGUUGAUUGCAGUAAUAGCAAAUAGAGUCCAGAAACCCUUAGAAUAAAUAUAACUACAAUAAACUAAUCCAACAUAAGAUACCUAAGAAGAUAAUCCUCCGUCAGAAGAUAUUGAAAUACUUUUAAAGAAACAUAGAAAAAGGAAAGUUCGUCAGCCCAAAUACGAAAUAGUCGACUCAUCACCUUAGAAUAAGAGUCUUGAGCAAAUUCAAAACAGUGACAGGAAACUUAAGCAAUCUAUUAAAAAUAGUCCAUAAAAAAAUCUAGAUAUAAAUGGCCCAGUAAAACCAGUAUCUAGUGAUUAAAAGCAAUUCUUGCAAAGUCUUUAUGAUAAGUAUUUCAAAAAAGAUGACAAACCACAAUAAGUGAUAGAGGAAUAAGUAUCAGAUCGCUCCACAAAAUCUCCUUCACCCAGAACAGAUACAAGAUUAUUGAGAUAAGAAUUAGAAAUCAGACGACGAAUGAACACAGAGGCUAUGAAUAGAACAUCUAAUAGACCCUUAAAUAAAUUACAAUUUGAGAUGAGGGAAGAAAAUAAGACUAAAGAUGACUCCAAAAUUGAAAAAAUAGUUGAGAGAAGUAUUGAGCAGAGUUUAGCCUAAAAUACUAUCGAUAAUAAGAAGGAAGAACCCUAGAAAGUGGAGGAAAAGAAAAUUGAUAAAAUCAGGCACCAAUCACAUCAAAGAAGACAAUAGGAAAUUAUAUAGAAGCAAUAGGAUCAUAGGGCUUUGAAAACAAGAGGUUCAAUGAUUAAAGAGGAAAAUGAUAAGCUUGAAAAAGAAUUACAGGAUCUUAUGGAAUAAAAUAAAAAAUACUUCUCAAGAGAAAGAAGAGAGGUUGAAGAAGAUGUAUUUGUAGAGAAGGAACCAUAGAAAACAUUGAAACGAAUAGGUGGUGGCUAUGUAAAGGAAACAAAGAAAGAGCCUUAAUAAAUUAAUCCGAACCCACCUAUUUCAUAAAUGCAAAAUAGAAACUUAAAGACUAGAUAAUGA